GGUGCAGCGCUGGUGCUUACGUGCGACCGGGGGUGGUGUGGCGUGCUGGCCUACACUCUACAGGCCUAGCUAUAUAACGCGCCGAGAGAGAUGGCCGUGGCGUUCCCGCCUCACAUCAUGGUGCUGAACAAGAUGCAGCGGCUGUACGACGCGUGCGAUCUGGUCUUCUCGUCGCCGGCGGCCGGGGCGUCGCCGACCAUCGGGGAGAUCAGGUGGCUGCAACGCCUCCUCGAUGGCAUGGAGGCGGCGGACGUCGGGAUCGAUGAUGGCGAGUCACCGUCGUCGUCGUCGUCGUCGUCGUCGUCGGACGAUGAGCUGAGCUCGAAGGACGGCCGGCUCCUGCCGGCGCGGGCGUUCACGCGGAUCACCUACGUGCACAUACACCAGUGCGCCGAUUUCUCGAUGGGCGUGUUCUGCUUUCCUGCGGGAGCGACGCUGCCGCUGCACGACCACCCGGAGAUGGUGGUUUUGAGCAAGCUCCUGUACGGCUCGGUGCGGGUCAGGUCGUACGAUUGGGUCACCCCGCCGCCGCCGUUCUCCACAGCACGAAAGAGUGGUUUGGCCAGGGUGGUGGCAGCCGACGAGGUCCUGCACGCGCCGUGCAAGACGUCCGUGCUGUUCCCGCACAGCGGCGGCAACAUGCACGCCUUCACCGCCGUCACGCCGUGCGCGAUCCUCGACGUGCUCACGCCGCCGUACUCGGAGGAGCUCGGCCGGCCGUCGACCUACUUCAACGACAUCCCCAUCCCGUCUCUACCAGGUUUUGCAUUUCUGGAAGAGACCGACUUGCCGGAGGACUUCAGCGUUGCGGGGGCACCAUACCUCGGCCCCGAGCUUGAGCUUGUGGUUAAUACGGAUGAUGAUGAAGAAGACGACGAUUACGAUGAUUAUGACGAGUAGCUCGGCUAGCUCGAUGCUUUUUCCAAAAGAGCUAGAUGCAUGUUAGAUAGAAUCUGUUGCGUACGUGCAACGUUGAUGUACAUGGAGCGGGGUCUCUCUUUGUGGAUAUAUAUGUUGCUCUUGCAAAUUGGGUGUUCUCCGAGUAAAUUGCAUCUACUGUGAUCUACAGGAAUCUCUACUUGAGCCACCCUAACUUUCAAAUUGGCUAGCCAGGUUCAGCCAAUUAAGCG